ACUCUCAUAUCACUCAGCCAUACUCUCAUAUCACUCAGCCAUACUCUCAUAUCACUCAGCCAUGGUACAGGUAGAAAUUGGAGAAGUCAUCGGGGGCAGGUUUAAGAUCACGGAUGUGAUCUCUCACCGCGAUCACAACGUGAGCAUCUAUGUCGCAGAAGACAUUCCAAGCGGCCAAGCGGUCGCUCUCAAGCUCAAUCGCAAGGUCGACCUUGUCUACUAUGAAUUUUGCUUGCACAGCCGCUUCCGACACCUGGACGGCUUUCCGUCCAUGUACGACUGGCACAAAAGCUCUCGUCCCCAAUAUGGCGCCCUCGCUAUAGAACUUCUGGGCCCAUCUUUGGACAAAGUUGUCUCGGAUGCGAAAGGGUCCAAGUUUACCCUCAAGACAACCCUUCAGGUGAUCGAUCAAAUCAUCACCCGCAUCCAAGCUCUGCACGCACAGAGCUUUGUCCAUCGUGGCAUCAAGCCCGACAACUUCUGUCUCGGUCCUCCAGGAAGCCUGCACGAGAACAAGGUCUAUAUGAUCGACUUCGACCUGGCCAAGAAGUUCAGGGACCCCCGAACCCAUCUACAUUUACCCUAUCGAGAGGACCAGGAUCCCGUCGGCAAUCCAUACUGGUCGUCGGUGAAUGUGGACUUGGGGAUUGUGGGCUCGAGGCGAGACGACAUGGAAUGUAUGGGAUAUAUGGCUGUCUUCUUCGUCAAAGGAAUUCUACCCUGGCACUCUGACCGUGAAGGUCGUUCGCCUUAUCCGGAGUCCCGAAAAAAGAAGAGUGAGACCACCGUCGAGUACCUCUGCCAAGACCUUCCAGAGGAAUUCGCGACAUAUAUGACCUACUGUCGUUCCCUCCAAUUCGACGACGAGCCCGAUUAUGGCUACUGCCGUGGGCUCUUUCGACAGGUGUUUGAGAGGGAGGGAUUCGAGGAUGACGGGGUGUAUGAUUGGGGUCCUUCUGAGCUUGAACUGGACAUAUGGGAGAACGCACCGUCUCCCGGGAGUCCUCGGGUUUCUGCUUGGGGGGACGCCGAUGAUACAGACCCCUGAAUUGCCGUCACCGUCUAUCCUGUCGAUCCUUCCGUCGAUAGCACCAAUGCCGCCGGUACUGUCGAAACCGUCGAUACUGUUGAGGAGGCGGUCCUACUAGCCAGCCUGAAUCGACAGAAGAGACGUGUCCUGCGCCUUGUAUAGAUCUGCGGACUCGCAAGGGUCUUGUGACUAGUUGAAGGAGGCUCCUUGUCUUGUUGGGUUUCUUGAUUAGAAGCAUGAGGUAUCUGGUGAUCACUAUUGUAUUACUGUUGUAUACAAGUACGUGAGAAUCCGCAUGUAAAGUCUAGCAGGCUACAAAUCUUCUUCACUCGGAUCCAAGAGGUCAAGCCUCGAUUCGGCGGGACGUUCACAAAAUCCAGCAAAUGGUGCUGUUGGUGAAUGUAAGGGAUUGGUACAGACUGGCUAGUAGGAGGAGAUGUGGUAACGUGUACUAUGGAACGCAGGGUUCGGUGCUAGGGUUGCCGCUAUGGCCUCAGGGAUGCGUAGGCGGGAUUGCGAGAUGAGGUUUCCAUAUAUAUAUAUCGUGCCGUAUCCCCAUAUCCUUUU